AAAAAUAAAAAUAAAAAAAAAUCCACAAAAGAAAUAAUGCCUUAUAAUGAACGAGAACAACGUCAAUUACAAGAAUUCCUUUUACCAAAUCAUGAUAUGCCAAAAACGACAAAUAUAGGAUGGUUAAAAAAUUAUUUUCGAGGACAUUUUAUACCUUCAAUAAAGAAGAAUAUUUUGAUUAUAAUAUUAUUUAUUAUUUGUCUCAUUGUAUUAUUAAAUUCACAACAUAUUUUAAAUGAUGAUAACAAAAAUACGAACAAUUCAAAUGAAUCUUAUGAUCCUUCUUUAAUAAUAGAAGAAGAUGAAGAUUAUAAAUAUUUUCCUUCAUAUUCAAAAAAUGAAAGAUUUAUGACGUACCUUCCUCAUGGGGAUAUUUUUCAACAAAAAGAUGAAUUAGAAAAUGCAGUUAUUUUGGCUUAUUCUUUAAAUAGAACUUUAAUAAUUCCACCAAUUAUAUUAGGAUUAAAUAUUGAAUUUAUUAAUUCUAAAUCAUUAAGAAAAAAAUUAUCAUCACUUGGUACAAAUCAUAAUCAAUCAGAAUGUUUUAUUAAAACCAUAAUUCCUGAACAUAAAGAAACAAAAUAUGAAAUUGAUAUUAAUUGUUUAAAUGAUUUUGUUUCUUAUUCUUUAUUACGUUGGGAUUCUUUAUUUAAUUUGAAUUUAAUUAAAAAAAAUAUUCAUUUAUUAUAUAGAAAAAAUUUUGAUCAAAUUAAACUUGAAGAAAUGUUAAAUAUUACAAAUCCUAUUAAUGAUAUUUAUGAUAUAACAAAAUCUUCUACUUUGAAAGAUUUGAAUUUUAUUCGUUCAAGAAAUGAAAAACUUUUAUCUUUUGAUUAUUUAUCAGGUUUAGAUUUCAUUGAAAAUGAUCAUUUGAUUUUUUUGAAUCAAUUAAAUUCAUCUAUUGAAUUAAAUAAUCCUGUAAUAUUGGAUAUUUCAAAUAAUAUUAUUAAUGAAAAAUUGGGUGGGAAGAAAAAUUAUAUUGGUGUACAUGCAAGAUUACUUUCUACUUUACAUUCAAGAAAACUUAUAAAAGAAACUUUUUCAAAUUUAACUUUAACAUUAAAAGAUUAUUUUUCUUCAAAUAAUAAUAAUGAUGAUGAUUUAUGUAUUUAUUUAGUUACAGAUUUAAGUAGAAAUGAUAAAAUCUUGGCAUCUUUUUUAUCAAAAUUCCCUUGCGUUAAAAUAUUAAGUGAUUUUAAUGAAAUUUUACUUCCUUUACUUGAAUUAUAUAAUCCAAUUGAUGGAACUUUUUUAUUUAAAUUUUUUGAACCUUUGGUUAAUUCUAUUAUAGUUUCAAAUAGUGUGAAAUUAUUUACUAUAGAUGAUAGUAUUUAUUCAAAUUAUGCAAAGAAAUUAUAUGAUGAAAUGGUGUAACACAACUGAAGUUGUAUAUAUUUUUUUAUAAAUAAUAAAUUCUUUUAUUGGAAAUAUAUAUA